GUGACAUGAAUUUCAAAACACUGCCGGGUUGUUAUCCUGUCUUUAACCGUGCUGGUAAAAUGCAGCUAGCAUUGUAAAUGAAGCUAAACUUAUAAGGCGUGUUUUCUUUAAUUAAGAAGAAGUAAUUUGUUCGUAGAGGAGCGUGUUUGCGUUGAUUGUUUUGUUAAUCUUUGUAUUUGGGUUGUGAGCAGUUUGUUAUACAAACAUGGCUCCAACGAUUCAGACUCAAGCUCAACGAGAAGACGGACACAGGUAUGGUAAAAAUCAACAGUUUUAACAGUUUAAUCCCCAAGUUGGGUAAAGUUAAAGACGUUAAUUUUAAAAUUUAAUAUAUAUUUAAACUUGAGCCGAUAUGAGUCGUGAUUGGAAGCUUAUUUAGUCACUACUUGAAUGUUGUUUACAGCGUUAGCCAACGACGCCAGUUGGUUAACUCACAGUAAAAAACUGUAACGGUAAAUUGUCCCAUGUUAAUAUAUAAAGGUGUUUUUGAUAAAUCUAUGUUGAAUAUAAAUCAGCCUAUAAACCGUAAACUAGUUAGUUGUUUGGUUUGAGAAUAUGCAAGACGGCGCGAAAUGGAGGACAGGACCCUUUCUGAAUGCCAGUAGUGACACUUUGUGAUUAAGCUUUGUGAUUAACCCAUUAUUUCGAAUUUUAAAUGCAAAGUCCUCUGUCUUUGUGUGUGUUUUUUUUAUGUGUCAGUCUUAAGACACUAAUAGUUAACAUUUAUAACUACACUUUGAAAGAAUGAAUUCAAGUUCAGAUCUUUUGCAAAUUGCCAGGGCAGACUGGUGAUGGAUGCACAAUAGACACACAAUACAUGUUUUUUUAAUCCAACAAACCCAGUAAAGUUGCCCCUUAGAUUGAUGUAUAGUUAGGGCUGGGCGAUAAAACAAUGACGCUUAUAUCGAAAAUUAAUUUCCCUUGAUAUCAAUAUGGUCAAUAUGCUUUUCAAUAGUCGGCAUUCUGCCAUGUUUUGGUAGACUAUACGAAUAGCCAAUGAAAAGGCACCUGGCACCUGUGCAGCAGACCAUUCAGUCCGCUGUCUCUAGCGCAACGCCGUACGACAAAACGUUGAAGAGACACAAAGACUGAUCUCAAUCCUGAUCAAAUUAAUCAUGAUUAUUUCUUUGGCCAUGGAAGUGCAGCCUAGUAGGACAUUAUUUCGUACCUCAUACUGAAACAUCUAUCCACCAUACUGCAGGAUCAGUCUGUAUAAUGAAUCUGACUAUUAUCUCAUGUCUCUUCCAGCCGGCAGUCAUCACACAGAACCGUUCCAGAGAGGUAACUAGAUUCAGUACUGUUAAUUUACUAUUAGAAACAGUAAUUUGGUGUUUACCUUAUUUAGUGGUGUGGUCUGCAAAAGUGCCUGAGAGUAAAUAUUCUGUAUUUUGUGUCUGUAACAGGUCAGGAGUGGUCUGCAGGGUGAAGUACUGCAACAGCCUGCCUGAUAUCCCCUUUGACCCCAAAUUCAUCACAUAUCCAUUUGAUCAGCACAGGUAAACAUCCAUCUUAUCUUUCCCUCGAGUACACACUGACAAACAUUAGUCAAAUUUGACACUUGCUUCUCUGUCGUGGCAGGUUUGUACAGUAUAAAGCCACAUCUCUAGAGAAACAGCACAAGCAUGAGCUCCUGACUGAGCCAGACCUCGGGGUCACCAUUGACCUCAUCAACCCAGAUACCUAUCGCAUAGACCCCAACAGUAAGUAACUCUGUCUUAUGUCACUUCCUACUGAUUGAUAAGAGAGUGUCCUGCUUCAUUCAUGAACCGUUCUGUUGAAUUCUCAGUUCUGUUGGAUCCUGCUGACGAGAAACUGCUAGAAGAAGACAUCCAGGCUCCAUCCAGCUCAAAGCGGUAAGGAAACUUGAUAGCGAGUUUUACUUUAUUAUAUAGGAUUCAUGUUAAGAGUGUCUGUUUCAACAUUUUCUGCUUCUUCAUCAGAUCACAGCAGCACGCCAAAGUGGUCCCAUGGAUGAGAAAAACAGAAUACAUCUCCACAGAGUUCAACAGAUAUGGAGUUUCCAAUGAGAAAGUGGAAGUCAAGUAAGUUUGUAAUAUUUGUUGUCAUUGAGUUGACCUUAAAGUAGAGAGGAGUGUGAGUCUUUUAGUGUGUGCGUUUGUGUAACUGGGAUGUUGUUUGUGUUCAGGAUCGGUGUGUCUGUCAAACAGCAGUUCACAGAGGAAGAAAUCUACAAAGACAGAGACAGCCAGAUCUCUGCUAUUGAGAAGACAUUUGAGGAUGCACAGAAAUCGGUUUGUGCAUUUUACUACUCUUUUCAAAGCCGUGUUGUUUUAACCUUCUCCAUGCUGAGGUCGUGCUUCAAUGAUUGUUUGUUUUGUUUUUUUUUCAGAUUACACAGCACUACAGUAAACCCAGAGUUACUCCUGUGGAAGUGCUACCUGUGUUCCCUGACUUUAAGGUGAGCUACAUGGGGUUCAUGUGACUUUAAAUGGCAUCAAAUUAUGUCAAGUUAUUACAUUAUGUGUGUGGCAGGGUGAGCACAGGAAGGGGAAAUUUGUAUUAAACACUACAGACAACAAAUAUAGAAUGCUGGAGUAGCUUUUCUUUGUGUUAGUGUUUGUGACUUUUGUGUGCUGUUAUGUAAGAAUUUCUAGUAGAUAUUUAUAUAUUUGUUCUUUCCUCCUAGAUGUGGAUCAACCCAUGUGCUCAGGUCAUCUUUGACUCUGAUCCUGCACCCAAAGACAUGUCAGGACCAGCAGGAGUUGAAAUGAUGUCUCAGGCCAUGAUCAGGUAUUCACAACAUAUUUUCAAUGGAGAAGUGCAAUUCUACGGCUACUCUUUUUGCAUCAACGCUGACUUACAUUUGCUAUUUCUUCAUUUCAGGGGUAUGAUGGAUGAGGAAGGAAAUCAGUUUGUGGCCUACUUCUUGCCUAAUGAAGACACAAUUCGCAAACGCAAGAGAGACUUUGAAGAAGGGAUGGAUUACAUGCCUGAAGAUCUGUACGUUAUGAAUUUAUAUUAGGAAAAGACUGCCUUUAUUUUGCAUUUCAUGAUCAUUUUGUGAUUUACCUUUUUGCUUACACAUUGUGUGCCAAAAAGUGAAUGCUUUGAAUGUGUUUUCCAGGUAUGAUUACAAGAUUGCCAGGGAGUACAACUGGAACGUCAAGAACAAAGCCAGCAAGGGUUAUGAGGAGAACUACUUCUUUAUCUUUAGAGAUGGAGAUGGUGUUUACUACAAUGAGCUUGAGACGAGGUACGUCAUUGCUUGGAAUGGGGGCUCGUUGGCCUUUGCCUCUCAGCAGGAGGAAUAAGCAGCAUCACUUUUACUAAACUUUGCUGCUGAUGUUUUUGAAUCAAUCUUAAGUAUAGAUCUAGAAAGCCUAGAUUGACAAAAUUUUCAGCAGCACCUCCUGUAAACACUCUCCGACAUCCUUUUGUUCCACCCUGCAGAGUGCGUCUGAGCAAGAGGAGAGCCAAGGCUGGAGCCCAGUCCACCACAAACGCCGUGCUGGUGUGUAAGCACAGAGAUAUGAACGAGAAAGAGCUUGAAGCACAGGUGAGAAAACUUGAUCGAUGUCACUGUCAAACUGUGUCACUGUUUUAAUAUUUUUCUACUUCUUUUUUUGUUUCUGCUGUAUCUUUUUUAAGUAACUUUUUGAUUCUGUUUAAGCCAAUAGAAAUAAAGGAAAUAGUGCUCAUGGACCGAACACAAAAUGUUGAUUUAAUUCAGUCCAUUCUCCAAUUAAACAAACCAAACAUCCUUUCCUUUGAGAACCUUGUGAAUCCAAUCUACAGCUUACACCUUUUCAUUAUCUAUUAGGUUAUGUAGCGUAAUAAUGUGUUAAUAGGUGACUGAUUACUUUUCACUGUGAAUUUCAGGAAGCACGUAAAGCUCAGCUGGAGAACCACGAGCCUGAAGAUGAAGAAGAAGACAUGGACCUGGAUAAGGACUUGCAGGACUCUGGUCAGUAGUCUCUGAUUUUCUGCCUCUGCAGUUGUCAUCAUGUGAUUGUUACUGAACUGGCUGCCUGUUGCACCACAGUUAUAGCUGUAUUAUGAACUUUCUGCAUAAAUUAAAAUGUAUUUAAUCUUAUUGUAUUUCUAUUUACAAUGAUUAAUUUGUUUCCUCCAGGCGACGAGAAAGACAAAGGCAGCGGCAGCGAGGCUGAGAACUCUGGUAGUGAAUCCGAAGGGGAAGAUGACGACCGAGAACAAAGAGGAGACGACGAGGAUGAGGAUGAAGACAGAGGCAAGCGCAGGAGGAAGGAGAGCAACAGCGGGAGCGAGAGCGGUGAGGAGAGGACCAGAGAAAUGCGAGACGAGGAGGAGAUCUUCGGAAGCGACGACGACAGCGAUGACAACGAGCCCAAGAACUCUGGGAGGAGCAGCGGGGGGGAGAGCGGCGGGAGCGAUGAUGAAGGAGGGAACAGAGGAGGCAGCAGGAGUCGCAGCGCGUCUCCAGCACGGAGCGACCGCAGCAGCAACCACUCAGAGAGGAAUCAGAGUGGAAGUGGAAGUGACAGAGGGUCUGAUUCCAGUGAUGCCAGUGACAGUGAAUAGGGGCUGUGAUCUGGAUGAGGUGAUGGCCACCUGUCUUACCUGUAUGUAUGCCUCAAAACAUGAAUUGAAACACCUCUCACUGUCCCCGGUUAUAGCUCACUCUGGGGAUGUAGUCUUGGUGAUGGCAGAUGAAUUCAGAUACUGUAUGUAUGCCUGUUGCUCAUUAGAAUCUGGGAUAUCUCCCUGCAGUCCACCUUGUUUUAUUUUUAGAUUAAACUUGCACACUAGUAGCUAUGUGUACUUCAUAACCUUUUUUUGAUCACAUAAUCAGGAUCAUGCAGAAAAUGUCUUUGUUCCCCUGUUUUUUUGACAUGUCAAUGUGAUAUAGCUUUGAACUGAUAAUAAAAGAUGACAUUUUCAAAAAAUGCUGAUUUUCAGCGUUUUACAGGAGCCAGGAACAACUUAGUAAUCUUAACAAAGAACGUGUAAUUUUUAGGGCUGGGACGAUGAUGUGAAUGCUUGUAUUGACAGGAUACGGGUUCAAAAUAAUCGCAAGAAAAAAACCUUUAGUAAGGACCCUUAGUCUGCAUUUUAAACACCAGUGAAACAGUUGAAUGAUUAUGAUUGUCUGUCUGUCAAUUAUGACUGACUAUUCCAGAAACCAUAUUUCCCCCAAAAAAACACACAUCACGUGUAAGUCAGUUUUUAAGAUUUAUUCUUAAAUUUGAAAAAAAAAAAACAAAUUUUGAACAUAAAAAUCGAUUUGAAAAUUGUAAAACAAAAAAUCGUGAUACUUCUGUGAAUCGAUUUUUCCUCCCACCCCUAGUUAUUUUACAGCUUUCCCAAGAUGUUCUGAACUGUCUGUACUUUGUAAUAUGUUAUAAAAAGUUUAAUUAGUUACUUUUAAUGAAAAAAAGAGGAACUUCCGUGUUCAAAAGUAGCAAUUAUAACACAGAGUAAACAAAUAGAAAAGAGUUUUCACACAGUGUAUCUUUUAAUAAGCAUAACGGCACAGCAGUGGAUAAUUAAAAAUUGACAGCCAUGUUUCACAAAGAGACUGAUAGUAAUUGAGAUGUUGCUGAUGCAUAUUUAGCGGAAAAAUGCCAGCUGGCCCUUGAGCCAUUCUUCCGUCAGUUCAUCAGCGUUUCUUGUUUCAAAGACCUCAAAGGAAAAUAAAAAAGGAAAGUGUUAUCAGAAUACCUGACAGCUCAGAAUUAUGCAUUCAUUAAUUAUCAGGCCAGAGGUUUGGGAAUUUUAGGAGAAAAGAAAGACGCAACCCAACACAAGUUUCUGACCGAGUUUCUGGUCAGUUUAAAGAUGGUGUUUUCGUCAAUAUGAGCUACCUUUGUGAGCUGUGCAGCCUGGACCAGCUGAUUCUUGCUGCCUGCAUACAUCAUCUGCUGCUCUGGCUUACACCCUGAGAAAAAAAAAAGACAUGAACACUUUUCUGGAAUAUUUUAAACACCUGAACUAUUUCGAACAAAUGCAACCAUUGUUGAAACGACACAUUUUAAUUGGAGUGAUUUCAGGCAGAGAAGAACCUGUUAAAUUAAAUGUAUUAUUAGAUUCUGGUAUUUUUUCCUCUACUCACCCAUAGGACUGGAGAAUAUGAAACACAGAGGGUAAGACACCCUGCCAUCUGCGUGGACAUAUUUGUAGCUGUAGACGAUGAAUGUGCUGUACAGUCAAGGCACUUAAACUUUCUCCAGAUUGAAAACUCGAUCAAAUCCUCUUUCUCACAACAUCUCCAAAGGAUUUUAUUUUUUAAUAUAGACUGAAUUAGAGGAUUUUGCUUCAUAAUUAAAACAUUAAGUCAGGAUAUCUGGGUUGCCGCUCUGGUAGUUCAUCUCUCAACUCAUCCAGUGAGAUGUCCUAAAAGAAAGUUUUGUGUUAAGUGAGUUGUAAUUCAGAAUGAAUCUAAAGGAAUAUGAAAUUGUACUCGCCUCAUAUUCCUCCUCAAGGAUGACAAGCUGUUUCUCCAUGUCUAUUUUCACUGUGUGGUGCAAAAUAUUCAAGAUUUUUUUCUGAUCUACAUUUUUUGAUGUUCUCUGUGAAUUUUAAGUUACAAAAACUUUGAUCUUCAGUAUGUGAUACUUACUAAGGAUGGCAGCAUUGUUGGUCUCUUUUCGAAAUCGAAACUUUUUCAGUCUCUCUUGCAGACUUUCAUCGACCUCGCACACAACCAGGGUGCUUGACUGCAAAAAAAAGGCACAUUAAAGGAUGAAGACGAAUCACUCAGAUUCUGUCACUCUGGAAA